UUUAUUUAAGCAGCUGUACUACCAUGGAUGGACGGAGGGAGGGAACGGGAGGAGGAGGAAGAGGAGGAAGCCACUGGAGGCAUUCAAGGAACGGACGACACAAUUGCAUGAACUGAUUUCCCUGCGAGAUGAAUGUGCGCCUGAUAAUGUCGAAGGUUGUGGGCGAAGCACCUCAGGGAGUUACCAAGUUAGUUCGCCCACAUCGCUGUUUCGCAUUACCUAAAAAAGACGGUAACACUACAGGUCGUCCGUGAUACAUCAGCACGCCAUUUUACAGAGGGCAUGGGAGCCUAGUGAUCAUCUCCAGGAAGGUACCACGUCAAUUGGUAUGGGGGCCAGUGAUGCUGAGGGCGUGUGGUCAUCAAAUUACAUCUUCCUCAAGCUGUUACCCACCCAUCAAAACUUCGCUGCAGUCACCUUUGAUCAAGUCAACAAACAACACACACACACACGGGUCGCCACCUCAAGCUGGGGCUGAGAGGCCAGACAAGAGGGAACAGGAUCCGGAGCCCCGACGUUACGUAGUGAGAUUCUGGAUUCACGUUCAUUGCAGUGCCCUUGAUGACAACAAUGAAAAGAAAGAAAUCAUGAGCAAAGAAGACCGCAUGGACACCUGGCAAGAAAGAUGGAGUCAAGGAAAAACAGGAUGGCAGCUACCAGAUCUCAACUUUGCCCUUGAAAAUCAUGCAUCCAAGUUGCUGCCCAAACCUGAGCGUCGGAUCUUAGUGCCGCUCUGUGGGAAGUCAGUGGAUGUUGAGUGGUUGUACAGAGAAGGACACACAGUAGUGGGCAUUGAAGGAAUAGAGCAGGCAAUAGUUGAGUUUUUCUCGGAACACAACUUGCCCUACAGCACUGAGCAGUUAACAUGGGCAAAAGUGUUCAAGACAGAAGAUGAUCGACUUAAAAUGUACUGCUGUGACAUUUUCAAGAUGGAUAUAGAAAACUUAGGAAAAUUUGAUUCCAUCUGGGAUAGAGGCUCACUUGUUGCCAUAUAUGAGGAAGACAGAGAAAGAUAUGCCAAAGUGAUUAAGGCUCUACUGGCUCCAGAUUUUCAUUACAUGAUCAACGCUACUCAGUACACUCCUCAUGAAGGUUUUAGUGGGCCACCAAGGAACAUUCCAACAGCAUUAGUGGAAAAAUUAUUUGGUGAUGUGUGUGAGUUGCAAGUGUUGGAGGAAAGGACAAGAUCCAAAGAAGCAGUUGCACACUGGGGUCUUGAUGACUUUGUGGAGGCAGUGCUGCUGCUCACUCCACAAUCAUGAGGCAGUGCUGGACUUCCGUACAACAUGGUGUAUAAUGAUAGUAAGGAUGGUGAAGUUGACAUAUACCACAAUUUAUUCACUGUAACAAGGGAAGCUCUUAAUAUUAAACAAAUUUACUGUACACAUGCUACUUAAAGAGGACAUCAUCUGAAUAUCUAAAAUGUUUGAAAUUAUUUACCCCUGAUCAUGCAAGCAGCCACUUUCUUUAGUAUCAACUUAAAAAAAAAGUUAUUUACCAGUGACUAACAGAUGCUGAAACAGAUGUGCAAUUUUUUAUUUUUAUCAAAAUAUGAUUGCUUUGUAAUCUUCGUAACAGCUUCAUUUCUUUUUGUUAGAAUAUAAAGACAGUAUAUUAUCUCUGUUUCAGGAGUUUUUGCUUCCUUCUAGGUGAAAAGUGUCCAAGUAUGUGAGGUUUGUGACAGUUGUCUGUCUGUAUGUUUUUAUUCAUAUAGUAAGGUGUGAUUACCUGAUUGCAGGCAAACCAAAACAUGUUGAGUCACACCCUUUCCAGAACUCCAACUUACAUAUCAUCCCAAAUUGAUUUGGUAUUAUUUUCUGAACUUUCCUUUUAUAGCUAUGCCAAAGCACAAUUACACUCACAUUAGUAAGGAUGCUGCAAGAAAGUAAAUUCUCUCUCUCUCUCUCUCUCUCUCUCUCUCUCUCUCUCUCUCUCUCUCUCUCUCUCUCUCUCUCUCUCUCUCUCUCUCUCUCUCUCUCUCUCUCUCUCUCUCUCUCUCUCUCUCUCUCUCUCUCUCUCUCUCUCUCUCUCUCUCUCUCUCUCUCUCUCUCUCUCUCUCUCUCUCUCUCUCUCUCUCUCUCUCUCUCUCUCUCUCUCUCUCUCUCUGUUGACCCAUAGCAGUUAGGAAAGUUAGAAGAUUCUGUCCCUAGAUGUCUGAAAGAGUACCUGAAAAAGAAAGGCCUUUGAUGCACUAGUGACUUGUAUUUAACAUUUUGAUGUAGUCAAAUGAUACUUUUUUAAAACUUUUAUGCAGUGUACAGCUUUGUUUUGACUGGAAAAGUUAUGUUUCCCAAUGUCCAGGUGAUGUGUGUGAGUUGCAAGUGUUGGAAGAAAGGAUCGCAGACAUAGAAGCAAUUGCACACUGGCAAAUAGAUGAGCUUGUGGAGGUGGUACUGCUGCUCACUCCACGGUCAUAAGGCAAUACUGGACUUCUUUACAACAUGGUGUAUGAUGAUGCUAAGGAUGAUGUUGACAUUUGCCACAAUAAACAAUUAUUCAUCUUAACAAGGGAAGCUCUUAAUAUUAAACAGAUAUACUGUACUCACACAGAAGGCAUCAUCUGAAUAUCUAAAAUAUUUGUAAUUAUUUAACCUUAAUCAUGGAAGCAAGCCACUUUUCUUAGUAUCAACUUAGUAUCACCAGUUACUUACAAUUGACUAACAGAUGUUGAAACAGAUUCUUUAAUUUUAUCACUGUAUGAUUGCUUUGUAAUCUUGAUAACAGCAGUCAAAAAAUUAGACAUCACAGAGCUGACAUUGUUCUUUUCUCCUUUGUGGUAUAUUUUUUAGAUGACUCACUUAAUACUUGUGUAAAGGAAAGCUUCAUUCCUUGUAAUUAGAAUGAAGAAAUGCAAUACAUUAUCCUUUUUU